AUGGACUCGACGGAUCGUUCGAAUUGUGGCGAUCUGAAUACGUCUCAAAUCGUUGUUCAACAAUAUGCGCAGUACCCACCGACACUCGAGUCUACGCUUCAAAGUGCUUCAUCACUAGGUAGCGCUCGCAGUCAAAAUGAAACUAAUAAAUCCCCUCAAAUGCAUCGGAAAGAAACACCGCGAAGCUUGCGUUCUUCGCCGAGAGUAAUUCGGUCAGCUAUACCUCCAUCAUCAACUCAGUCUGGGCCGUCCAUGUCCCCGCCAGUUUUUGAUCCCAUGCGCCAGCAUCAGGGCAAGGACGCAGUUGACCAUGCGGAAUCUCGGGGUUUGCCAUCUCGUGAAAUCACAGACGAGACAAUUGACGACGCUUAUGUGAUGUUUAUCCUCUAUUGCAAUCCCAAUGUCCCAUCUUCAGUCGACAAAUCUGAGCUCCGAAAGACAUUUCGCUGUCCCCCUCGCAGUGAUGGAAAAAGCUUCAGUGUAUUCACACUUUUUGAGCUUAUUCGGAAGCUUGAGAGUAAGGAGCUGAAAACCUGGAUUCAACUAGCUAUUGAGCUUGGUGUAGAGCCUCCGUCAAUGGAAAAGAAGCAAAGUACACAGAAAGUCCAGCAGUAUGCUGUUCGGCUCAAGCGUUGGAUGCGUGCAAUGCAUGUUGAUGCCUUCUUUGAGUAUUGUUUGGGACAUCCUCAUUCGUACUUCACUCAGCUUCCCCCUUCAGGUCCAUUUGUCAGUGAAAUUCGUGAUGGCGUUGCUUUGGAGGAAGAUCUAGCCAUUCGAGCGCUCGUGCCUCAAUGGAAGCCUAAGCGCGGCAGGAAAAGGGCCGAUGAGAGGGAAUCGGAGGAAGAUAAAUCAGCCAAGCGGCCCUCAUUAGAUACAUCUGCCGCUGCUCUACAGCAAAGUGGCUUCCAUCGUCAUUCAGUUACCUUCCCACAAAGUGCCAUUCCUUUCAGUGCAUUUCCAGACGAUGACCCCUGGAUGACAGCCACGACCUCAUUUCCCCCCACAAGUACAUCUGAUCAACAACCCCAAGAUCUACGCUGGAGACUGCCGGAUCGGGAGGUGUCUCCAGUUGGCUAUCCCCAGUCUGCUAUCAUUCCAAGAGGUACCCAACCAUCUCAGAGUCUCAUGCACACGGAGCCACGCUCUGCUGUGACUCCAUCCUCCAGUGACAAAAAUCGCUCCAAGCGCAAACAUGGCCCCGCUGUGUCAUCCGCUUGGACAAAUAACAGUGGAUUAUCUGUGGGUAAAAGUCGAGGAAGACCACCCAACAAACCCUCAACUGGAUCAUUUUCAACCUUCCAUGUCAAUCAGAGUCGAGAAUCUUCCCAGGUUCCACAAAUUCCUACCCAUCAAUCUUCUCCAUUUGUGGUUGAUCAACACCCUUCGAAUCCUGUCACACACUCGUCAUAUAACCAAUCACCGACUCCUCAAAAUAAUGGGAGACCAAGUAAGCUUCAACUGCAAGUUCCACAGCAUAUGGGGGCACCUGUAAGGCUUGCCUCGCCCCCGGCCUUACUGGUUAAUGGAGUGAACGGUGCCGUCAUUUCUCAAGGCCUCCCAUCUGAUGAGUCCCCUCCGCAAGCGAAUAACGCAAGCGCAUUCGGCCAUAAUGGCGCCACGAACUUCCCAGAAAUCACGACCACUGCUCCAAAAAUAUCAAUGGAUGACAUAAUUCGCAUAUUAUCCAAUGAACUUUUCCGUGCCCGCAUUACAGGGAGGGCGUUACCCUUCAGUGCCGAAGAAGCCCAUUCCUUGGCUUCAGCGAUGAUUGGUAACUUGUCUACCGUCUAUUCGCAACUUCCAAUCGAUAUAUUUUCGAUAUUUCUCGUCUUAAACCUUGGUAUGGGCCACCAUUUUGGUUUUACGAAUGCAAAGCCAAUGACUAUGUUUGUGCAUGUCGAAAAUACAUACGGGGCUCCUCACGAUAGUGGCAGGGCCAAUACCUCUAAUGAACUUCCUGGUGGAACUAAUUACCGUGUUUCGUUUGAGUAUAAACCCUCAGGUCAUUUUUCAAUGCAGAUAUUGCUGGGCAAUCUCAAUCCCGGAUCUACCGGAAUUGGUCUCCGCGCAAACUCUGUCACAAAUCGGGAGCCUCCAAUCCAGUCCUCUGUAAACAACGCUCUUGCUGGCUUUGAUCUUGAAGACGAUGAUCUGGACCAGGCCAUUUCUGAGGGGACCGAAGUUACCUGGAGACAGCGCUAUCUAAAACUCCGAGCACAGAUGCAAAAGAAAGAUCGUGCUUUGUCACAAUAUAAGCGUAAGAUUGUUGAAUCAGUUAUGGCGGAUAUUUGA